AUGGUACAUUAUAAUUACUAUAACUAUCCACGAAACCUUCGCUUCUACCAUCCGUCAGAUAAGGUCGGUCUUGUUGGCAAGAGUGCCGACGAAAAUGAGAAAAGUUCGGGCGGUAGUUGUCUCUCGCAAACUUUUCACAAAAGUAAAUUAAAAAAAUUACAAGAACAUUUGGCAAUGUUAGCUGUUCGAGCGUACGUGAAUGGUCGAUUCGUAUCACUACUUCCAACAAACGAUUCGGAUUAUAAACGAAUAGAUUUCGCUGAUAAAAUUGAAAAAUUACUAAACGACGAAUGGCCAGGACAUGACAUUAAAGUACAUAUGUUUGGUUCCUCCAUGAAUCUACUCGGAACAACACAAUCUGAUGUAGAUUUAUGCGUUACAACACAAUGGAAUGGAUUAAAGAGCGUGCAAAAUUUAUCCAAAUGCCUGAAAAAUCGUGAGCGGCAUGGAAAUAUUACAAUGCGUGCCCAAGGCCAAAGUGCCGAUAGUGAGGUUAUGGGAUCCAAGCCUGUAAAGAUCAUAACUGAUUUUGACAUUGAUCAAGAAUUGGCCUGUGAUAUAAAUAUCAAUAAUACACUAGCGCUACAUAACACACGUUUAAUACGGAAUUAUGUGACAAUCGAUUCAAGAGUACGACCAUUAGCAAUGGUCGUAAAACACUGGGCACGAAAACGGGUUUUGAAUGAUGCAGCUAAGGGUGGUACGAUCUCAACAUACACCUGGACUUGCAUAGUUUUGAAUUUCCUCCAAAUGCGAAAUCCUCCGAUACUACCGGUUCUUCACAAUAUACCACAUGAUGAUGUUGAGCCAAUAAUAGUGAACGGCGAAGAUGCAUCAUUUUACGAAAAUGUGAUGACUUUAGAAGGAUUUGGUUCAAAAAAUAAAGAAUCAGUUGGUGGUUUAUUGUUUGGAUUUUUUAGACGCAUGGCUUAUGAAUUUGACUAUGAGAAACACGUAAUAUCGUUGCGUCAUGGCAAAUAUCUUACAAAAACGGAAAAAGGUUGGGACACGUGUAAAGGUUGGAAAAUGUUAUGUGUCGAAGAACCCUUUAAUACGACAAGGAAUCUUGGAAACAGUGCCGACGACAUCAGCGUAGAGGGGUUAAAGGGAGAGUUCCGAAGGGCCUAUAAGAUUCUUUAUGACAGUGCCAACUUAAAUGCGUUAUGCGAGCAAUACAUUUCCACCCAUCAGUAUAAUAAUAACUACUAUAAUUAUCGUAGCAAUAAGAGUAAUUAUGUAUGGAAGCCGAAUAAUCGAAAACCUGGAUAUCCUCAUUAUAAGUACCAUCAGAAUGGUCAUCAGAAUGGUCAUCAGGGCGUGCGGACGAAUCAUGACUGUGAUACGAUCGACAAUUUUCAUGACAUGAAUGGGAAAAGUUCUUACCCUCAAGAUGCUCGAUAUGUUGAGGGAGAUGAAUCUAACGCCCCUAAUACACCGAGAUUUGUCCAAGCUGAUGAUGUUCCUUCAUCGAGAAAGGAUGUUUUUUGUCCGACAAUUAAUGGUGAAGAGUUUACCCAAACAUCAGAAACGAUGCACGUGGAUACUAGGCGUGUGAAUGGCUACUAUGAGAACACUGAUGUUGACAAAUUUAAUGCUUAUCAAAAUCGAAAAAAAGUCGUUUCUGAGGAUGAUAUUCCUCCAAACAGACGAGAACGCACUGUUUUUCCCGAGAAAAUCGACGAUGAAAGUUCAUUUGCAUCCCCGACGACAACUCACGAUAAUUCUCAAUUUCGUUAUAAUGUUACAUCUACGGACCCGAAAAAUGAUGAGCAAUUUUCUUACAAGGGUCCUUCAACAAGACAAUAUAAGAGCGAUAAUUUCAAUCGACAGGGUUCUAUGAAGAAAAAGAAUGACAAACGGUAUUCACACACAAGGUCUUUCAACGUCGAUCAUAAUUUUUCCCGUAUUUCUGUUCAUGAUUCAGUCCCGUCACAUUCUGUUCAUAAGUCGAAUCAGGAUAUUGAAAGUGAGGAAUCGUCAAAUCAUUUUUCACCGAAUUAUAAUGCUAACACGACUCCGAACACCUUUUACAAACAUAACAACCAAAAAGCUGACAAUAACUCAUAUCAGAAGCAUUCUCGAACACAGUGCAGUUCACCAUUGCGUUAUCAUAAUUCUCCUCGUUCGGACCGAAGAUCUAGUUUUUCGCAAAAUUCGGAUUCACCUUAUAAUUCGGAUGUUAAAUAUAAUAAUAAUAAUGGUUAUUCAAAUUAUUCACGUCGUUCGAAUACUCCUAGCGACUCGGAUCAAAAGCCCUAUUUGCAUAAUUCAAAUAAUUCUUAUGAUUCGGAUAAGAGAAAUUUUUAUACAAAGAAUUUCAAGCCCAAACAAAUCGAGGAAUCAAGCCCGAGUCCAGUAAUUUCUUUGGUUGAUGAUUCAUCGUCGAAUUCGAACUUUGACAAUAAUGUUCGCUUAAAUCCUGUUCAAGUAUCGAGUCCGAAACCUUUUCAUAAGCAUCAAGGAUUAAACAACAAUAAUUACAAGAAUGGUCGUAAUAACCACAAACAUAUGCAGUAUAACUCGAAAUCGUCACAGAAGUCCGCCGAGAAUUUUGAAUUCAACAAUAAUCCUUUUCCGCCAAAUUAUUCUACGUCACCAACACGUAAUAACAGUAACAAUAACGGUUUACAAGGGUCCACGAGAUUCAACGAUUCGGUGUAUUCUGGUGCGAAUAACGGAAAUGGUUUCUUGUCACCACAAAACUCAGUUUCACAGCAGCAGCCUUUCCAGAAUCAUCAUGAACAAUCUAAUGAUGGACCAGAUUACCAAAGGCGAAUGUCACAUCAAUCGUCCUCUGAUGGUUCAAAUAGUCAAACAAGUGGUAAUACUAGUAACACUAGUUAUAGUAAUAGUAGCAAUUAUUCAAAGAAUUAUCAUCAGAAAAGUAAUAAUAACAAUCAGGAUAAUUAUUAUCAGCAACAAAACCAGAAUAAGCCAGUAUAUAAUAAUAGUAAAAAAAAGCAGAAGAAUAACCAGCAGGUGGAUAAUCGUAAUACUAAUAAUGAUAAUAAUUGGGUUUACAGAAAUUCCAUGAAUGGUAAUAAUUGUUAUAGCAAUUCUGGAAAUAGAUCAAAUGGUAGAGAUCCAGUCCUUAUUAAUUAUGAGUUAACAUCCGUGACAGAUCCAAAUUCUCAUAUGUAUCAAGGAUAUCAAGAUCAAGGAUAUCAAGGAAUGUCAAACGUUAGCAAUGAUAAUAAUUAUUACACGUGCGAUAACAGCGUUACUAGCGACGUCAUUGGAUAUAGAGCUCUUAACGGAUUUAGCGACAUAUUAAAAGGUUGUAAUAAUAAUAACAAUAGUAACUCUAUCUGUGGGAAGGAUUCAAACUUUUCAAAGACAUCAAACGUUAAUUAUAUCAAUGGUCCAAAAUUAGUGAACGGUGGCAGCCAAUCCACAAUUCGAAAUGUAAAUGGUGGUAACUUAAACAAUAAUUGUUCACGUUCGCCCAUUGUCAUUAAUAAUUAUCAUAAUUCGUAUGGGAAUUGCCAACAAGUUCCCAAGCCCGUUGAAAUCAAUAAUAAUUUUAAUGCGCAAGCGAAGCAUGGUAACAUUAACUAUUCAAUACCACCAAAGAAUGGAGGAAACAUUAAUAAUGGCAUCACUCAACGAACGAAUCAGAACAAAAAGGGUCGUUAUAGUAAUGCUGUUAAGGCUGAUAAGAAAGAAGAUGGUUCCAAUCAACAACAGCAAUCUUUACAAGUACAGUCAUUACCUCAAGAGCGACAGAUAUAUAACAAUAGUCAACUUCACCAACAUCACCAUCAACAAGAAGGUAGUCCAAGACAAAAAAACGGGCAGAAUAACAAUGUUAAAAAGGGGAAUAAAGCUGGAUCGAAAAAACAUGGUCACAAACAAAGCUUUGAGUGCCAACCACAACAAUGA